UUGCAGCAGUAUUACAGAAGCUGGACAAGGAGCAGGCAACAGCAGUGUUAGUGGCACCAGUAUUCACAACCCAAGUAUGGUUUCCGCGACUUCUCAGGAUGAUAUCGGGACAAAGCUAUCUCCUGCCACCUGUGCGAGAAAUACUGUACAACUCGAGAACUCCAGGACAAGAACAUGCUCUAAGUCGAAUGAGAUUAGGUGUUUUCCCGAUAUCAGGGAAAAGCUCAUUAGUGACGGCUUAUCAUCAGAAGUUACAGACCUAACUCUUGUCAUCCUGGCAAUUAUCAACAGCCAAACAGUAUUUGCGCGUAUUACAAAAAGUGGGUGCAGUUUUGCGAUUCAAGCGAAGUUGAUAAAUUUAAUCCCAAUGUAAAGGACGUACUGUUGUUUCUUACACAGUUGUAUAAUAAUGGUUUAAAAUAUAGCGGCCAUAAUACAGCAAGAUCCUAACUAUCAAGUUUAUUAGAAAUUACCAGUGAUAUUCAGUUGGGAAAACACGCAAGUAAAAAGAUUAUUAAAGGCAAUGUUCUUAAAAUCACCUAGCUUGCCACGUUGCAAAAACACAUGGGAUGUAGAAAGGGUUCUGAAAUUCAUCAGCGAUUUAGGGAAUAAUGAAAAUCUAGAGUUCACAACGUUAACAUACAAGUUAGUGAUACUGUUAGGAUUAACAACUGGCCAAAGAUGCCAGACUUUAUCUUUUGUAGAUGUUAGAAACAUUGAAUUUAUAAAUGAUGGUGUAAAAAUUAGGAUUGGUGAUAUGUUAAAGCAAUCGAGCGCUAACAGGCAUCUCAAGGAAAUUUUCUUGAAACAGUUUAAACAAAAUGAAAAAUUGUGUGUUGUUGAAUGCUUACGUCAUUAUUUGAUUGUUACUAGUUCAUUAAGGCAGUCUACACAACUGUUUGUAGCUUUGAAGAAACCUCAUAAUCCAGUUACAAAAUCCACUAUAGCAAGGUGGAUCAAAACAUUGCUAAAAUUUGCAGGCAUAGACAUGACUAUAUUCAAGCCUCAUAGUGUAAGAGCGGCUGCAUGUAGUGCAGUUGAAGGACAUAUACCUAUUGACACAAUCUUGAAAACUGCUGGCUGGACACGAAAAAGUAAUUUUAGAAAAUUCUAUGACAGGCCAGUAAAGUGCAAUGAUGAAUUUGGUCAUACAUUAUUAUCUAAACUAAAGGAGAAAUGAAACAAUGUUAGAUUACUGUGUAGUACUGUAGAAAACUUUUUUGCCAUAUAAGGAUAUCUGUAAUUUACUACAUGUUGUUUAGUAAUACGACAAAGAGUCUUAUAUUUAGUAAGCGCGAAAGUCAGUU